AUGCUGAUGUAGAGAUACCAUGAAUAAUCUUUAAGAGGAGGAGGGUCUGCCUUUUCUUCUUCUAAUAAUUUCCAAAAUAUACCUUUGAAUGUAUAAAUAGAAGCUUAAUUACAUUCAACACUCCUGAAUCGUUGGCUUGUUAACCUUAGUAAAAGACUAGAGGAGAUUGAACAUGUAAAAGAGAUUAUGAGUACAGAAGAAGGAAAAAGUGUUCUAUGUAGAAGCAUAGCAUGGAUUUUAGAUCUUGAAUAAUUAUUUUGUUAUUUCCAAUUUCAAAUUGACUUGGUGAAGAGACACAAGUAAAUUAUUGAAAAAACUUUCUAAUAUUUCUUAGAAUUGGCAUCAACCAUAAUAUAAUGGGAUAGAUUGAUUGCUUUAAAAAUAUUAAAAAUUUGCAAUUCAUUCUCCCGAUUGAUAUUCAUUUACUACUCUCAUUCAAAUGAAAGAAGUCAAUAAUAAUAGAAAGAUAAAUGGUCUUAAUUAACUUCCAGUAUUAUUAAUUUGAUUAAUUUGGACUGUGAAGCAUCAUUAUUUUAUAAUUGUUUGAUUUAUGAGUUAACCCUAAUCUAAGCCUGUAUUGGAUAUAUACCAACUGAAGACGACCCAGAUGAAAGAAAUACUUCAACUUUUGAUAUUCUUAAAGAAAUUUUUAAUUCUGCAGUUAGUUUAAUUCCAUCACCUGAUUUAGUUAGUUCAAUUUCAAAAGGGGCUUUGUUUUUAUAUUAGCAAUACUAAAAGAAGAAGUCAAUGGAACAAUUUCAGAAUUGUCUAUUUUUAGAACAAUUAAAAUGGAAUAUCUUGAUGAGUAUAAAAGCUGGUGUUAUUUUUAAUGAAAUAGAAGAGAGGAUAAGUAAUAAUUUUAAUAAGAUUAUUAAAAAUGGAAGUGAUUGGGCAAUUUAAUAUUCUUGGAUCAAGAUGGCAAGUGAACUUAUGGCAUGUAAACCUCAAAUAUCAAAAAUCAAGUUUAUGAGUUUAUAAUAAGAUUCUACUUAAAUAAUAACAUGGGAAUAAGCUUAAUCAGAUAAUUUAAUACAUAUCAUUCAUAAGGAUUUUGAAAUAGCAGAAAUAAUUGCAUAAGGAUAGACAUCAAAUAUUGGAAUUAAAUUAUAAAGUAUUUCAAGAUAGUAUCAAAAUCUUUAAAAUUUUUUUAUGAAUGGAAAUCAAAUCAUUCCUAAAUUCAUAUCAUACUAUACUUUAGAAUCAGGAAAAGAUGUAUUAAAAUUUGAUAAUGAAUCCUAUCAUGAUUAUUUUCAAAUGAUAUAAUCAUUAAGAUAAAUCCCGUUAGAAAAGAUUGCUUUCAAUUUUAAUGAAUUCUUAAUCAAAUUUUAAUCGUUUCUAAUUAGUUAUUAUCAGAUAGAACCGAAAAACAUAAACUUAAAAGAUUUCGAAUAUCAAUUAAUAUUAGCAUAAGAAAAUUAUCAAUCUUUGUUAAACGAUAUUAAUAAAUUAUAAAUUUCUAGAGAUUGUUUAAACAAUAUAAUACAAAUAAUUUCUCCACUUUUAAUAAAAUCAGACGAACUUAUCAAAUAAUAAGCAUCAAUCUAUCAAAAUUGUUUUCAAACAUUUCUGUACAAUUAUUCUAAAAUAUAAAGUAAGAAAUUUUUUGAUAACAAAAGAGAUAUCUAUGAUUAACUAAUAAUUUGGCUCCAAUAAAUUAAUUUAUGUUAAGAAUAGCAAAUUCAUUACUAAAAGCAAUUUGGAAAGAAAAUGCCAGAUGAUUACUUUAAUUUGUCUAAAAUAUAAGAAAAACCUUUCUAAAUAUAAUUGAAUUAUCUUCUUUUUGCUAUCUAAUUUUGUUAACAAUGGAAUCAUUAAAUUUAGCUACUUACAUCUUUAUUUACAAAGGAACACAUAAUGAUCAAAUAGUAAAUUAUUAUUGCAAAAUCAACUUAAGAAGCAGAAAUUAAAAAAGGUAAUUUAAUAGAAGAAUUUAUUUCAAGGUAGAAUACUAAUUUUGAAUAUCUCCAUUCUACUUAUUCAAUUCUUUAAAUGUUAUAUGAAUACUUUUAUGAACUUAAAACACUACUUUUUGAUAAGCUUUCUUUAGAAGAAUUUGAUAAAAUUGUAAAGAAAUAAAAAAAGGAAUUAGUUCUAAAUUUGAAAUUUGAUUUCAAUUUAUAUUUCUAAUACCAAAUCAAUCAACACCAAUAAUUUAUUCAAAAACUUGAUACUGAAAAUGAGAUUUUAUCUAAUUAGAUAAAGUAAUAUUAAAAUAAUAAAAAUGGUUAAAUGUUAAAUUAUUUUUGCUAGGUUUUCAAUAUAUCGCUUAUAACAAUAAAUUAAAUUCUAAAUUUCGAUUUUGACUCAGUUAAGAAAAUGGAGAUGUUAAUAGAUUUAGUUAACAAAAAGGACAAUUAAGUAUAUUAAAAUGUUAGAUCAAAUUCGCUAGUUCUUUAAACUCAAAUUGAUUUAUUGGUUAAAUCAAAAGAAAAGGUUGAAUAAUCAAAUAAUGUUGAAUAUGUGGAAAAGGUAAAGGAUUUUGAAAAUUCAGUAAAAACUAUUUAACAAGAAUUACUUUUCAUAAAUAAUAGUGAUUGUACUUCAUUAGNUAAUCAAAUUUUAAUCGUUUCUAAUUAGUUAUUAUCAGAUAGAACCGAAAAACAUAAACUUAAAAGAUUUCGAAUAUCAAUUAAUAUUAGCAUAAGAAAAUUAUCAAUCUUUGUUAAACGAUAUUAAUAAAUUAUAAAUUUCUAGAGAUUGUUUAAACAAUAUAAUACAAAUAAUUUCUCCACUUUUAAUAAAAUCAGACGAACUUAUCAAAUAAUAAGCAUCAAUCUAUCAAAAUUGUUUUCAAACAUUUCUGUACAAUUAUUCUAAAAUAUAAAGUAAGAAAUUUUUUGAUAACAAAAGAGAUAUCUAUGAUUAACUAAUAAUUUGGCUCCAAUAAAUUAAUUUAUGUUAAGAAUAGCAAAUUCAUUACUAAAAGCAAUUUGGAAAGAAAAUGCCAGAUGAUUACUUUAAUUUGUCUAAAAUAUAAGAAAAACCUUUCUAAAUAUAAUUGAAUUAUCUUCUUUUUGCUAUCUAAUUUUGUUAACAAUGGAAUCAUUAAAUUUAGCUACUUACAUCUUUAUUUACAAAGGAACACAUAAUGAUCAAAUAGUAAAUUAUUAUUGCAAAAUCAACUUAAGAAGCAGAAAUUAAAAAAGGUAAUUUAAUAGAAGAAUUUAUUUCAAGGUAGAAUACUAAUUUUGAAUAUCUCCAUUCUACUUAUUCAAUUCUUUAAAUGUUAUAUGAAUACUUUUAUGAACUUAAAACACUACUUUUUGAUAAGCUUUCUUUAGAAGAAUUUGAUAAAAUUGUAAAGAAAUAAAAAAAGGAAUUAGUUCUAAAUUUGAAAUUUGAUUUCAAUUUAUAUUUCUAAUACCAAAUCAAUCAACACCAAUAAUUUAUUCAAAAACUUGAUACUGAAAAUGAGAUUUUAUCUAAUUAGAUAAAGUAAUAUUAAAAUAAUAAAAAUGGUUAAAUGUUAAAUUAUUUUUGCUAGGUUUUCAAUAUAUCGCUUAUAACAAUAAAUUAAAUUCUAAAUUUCGAUUUUGACUCAGUUAAGAAAAUGGAGAUGUUAAUAGAUUUAGUUAACAAAAAGGACAAUUAAGUAUAUUAAAAUGUUAGAUCAAAUUCGCUAGUUCUUUAAACUCAAAUUGAUUUAUUGGUUAAAUCAAAAGAAAAGGUUGAAUAAUCAAAUAAUGUUGAAUAUGUGGAAAAGGUAAAGGAUUUUGAAAAUUCAGUAAAAACUAUUUAACAAGAAUUACUUUUCAUAAAUAAUAGUGAUUGUACUUCAUUAGUUAAUGAAUUAAAUAAAUUUAACGAGUUCUUAGUGCAUGCUCGAACAAGAUAAAAACAUUAAUUGGAUUCAACCAUCAAUGCUCUAAAAAAAUGUACUUUAGAUUUUAUUGAUAAAAUUGUAAACUUAUAUAAAAAUGUAAAACAAUCAUUGAAAAAAGAAAUUAUUACUGAAAUGUGUGAAAGUAUAGAUGAAAGAAAGCCUAUUAAAGCCAAUUUGUAAGAAUUGACCAAUAAUUUUAAAGAUUAAAUUAUGCAAGCAUAAUAAUCAAUUGAAUUUUCUGAAAUUGACACAUUGUAAAAUUUAGUAGAUUUAAUGAAAUUUUCAGACUAAAAUGCUAUUAUUUGUCAUCAAUGUGAAGAUUAAAUUUCUAAACUUUUAUAAAAGUUUUAAUUAUUGAUAAAAAAUUUAAAAAGCCUUAAUUAUGAAUCUUUUUGUAAAAGUUAUGCUGAUAAAUUAUAUUUUAUUUGUUAAAAUUAAAAGGAAUUAGAUAGAUUUCUUAAAGAUCAACUGAAUUUCAUAUUUUCACCAUUUUAGAAUUAAGUUCCAAAUAAUCUAAAAUAAUGUAAAUAAAGUAUAGCUGCCUCUAUACUAAAUUAUAUUGAAGGUAAUUAGUGGAGAGUAAAAGAAGGAUUUGUAUUUUAGUGUAUUUAAUUAGAAAACCAAUUACAUGAAUAAAAUAAAUAAUCAAUAUAAAAAGUUUUAAUUCUUAUUGCUGUUAAGGAAACUAAUUUGAAAAUAUUAGUGACACUUAAAAACAAAUAAAUAGUAUAGUAAAUGUAUCAAGGAUUUUCUUAGAAUUGGCCUGAACUACAAAGCCAGAUUUAAUAAGAUUUAGUAAACUAAAUAAAUAAAUUGGAAGAACUUUAAUAUAAUAUUUCUGGUGCUGAAACUGAUAGAAAGAGAGAAUUACUACUUUAAGAACAUAAACAAUUGGAAGAACAAUUAGAAUAAUAAAUACUGAAUGUUAAUUAAAUUGGUGAUGCAUUAGGUAUAACGAUAACUUUCUUAAGAGAAAUACGAUAAGAUUUAAAAAAAAUUCAAUAUAAAUUAGAUAAAUUGCUUAAUAAAAUUGAUGAAAUAGUUUAAGAUCUUAAAUAGUUGAUUGGUAAAACUCCUAAAUAGUUAUUAGAAAUAAGGAUGUAAUCCAUUUUACAAUAAAAAGUUAUUAACGAUUUUAAUAAUGUUUAUGUAAUACUAAGAAAUAAGGAAUUGAAGGAAAACUUUAAAGAUGAAGAUGAUGAAACAACUCUUUUUAAUGAUAUUUAUUAGACUUAAGGUGAAAUUGAUGAAUUUUUACAAUAACCUAAAGACUCUCUACUGAUUCACGGACCAGCUGGAUCAGGCAAAAGUGCUGCUGCUAAAAAAAUAGAAGAAUAUCUUUGGCUCAAAUAUUAAUAGUUGAAUUUAGAUGAAUGGUCUAAAGAUUUAGAACAGAUACCAGUCGUUCCAAUUUUCAUUCAAUUAGCCAGUUUAAAAGAUCCUUAUGAAAAAGCAGUUGAGGAAACUUUAUCUUCAAAUAUUUAUAAUUUUGAUUGGAAAUAAAUACAGGCAUUCUAAGCUUAAGUUGAAGAAGGGAAAGUAGCUGUUAUUUUUAUUCUUGAUAGCUUUGAUGAAUUGAGUAAUAAUUAAAUCAAUCUAAUUUAACAUAAUAAGUUGAAAAAUUGGAAAUAGUAGUUGUUAAAUUUAAGCGAAUUAACUUAGAGUCAAUAAAGAAUAUAUAAUCUAAAUUAUCCAAAAAUUAUUACCACAACUAGAUCAGAAGCGUUUGAAUUAAAUAGCACAAAUUAUAGAUAAUGGUUUAGUAGUGAGGCAGUGUUAGAUUUUACAAAAUACAAAGAAUUAAGAAUUCUCAGUUUUGAUGAUAAAUAAAAGUAAGAAUACUUAAAAUAAUAUUCAUAUACUUAAAUUAAAAAAACUUUGUUUGAUUUUUUUGAGAAGUACUCUCUUUUCUAAAAAAGAGGAAGAAAUCUUAUAAGCGAAGUAGAGAAAAUAUGGAAUAUUAUAGAAGAAAAAUUGGAACGAUUUAACCAUUAAGAAUAAUCAAAUAAUAUAUGUUUAAGCGAUAAAGAAAUCAAUAUUAUAAUUUCAGUAUUACAAACUGAAUUCUAAUUGUAAAAUAAAUAAGAUCAAUUUUCAAAUUUAGAAAGAUAGCUGAUGCAUAUUUAAACACCUUAAUUCUACAAUAAUAAUAUAAUUGAUUUUAAUUUGGAAUAACUUCUUAAAACACCAUUUAUGAUGAAAAUAUUCAUAGAUGUAUUACCAUAAAUCAAUUGUUAAAAAUAAGAGAUACAUCAAGAGUAUUUUAUCACUAGUUAUAAACUUUAAAUGUAUGAAAAAUAUGUAAAAAAACAGGAUAUCAAAGCUAUAAGAAACUUUUUAGAGGGGAUUUCCCAAAAAUAAUGGAAUGAAGAUUAAUAAGAUGAAUAAAAUAAUUAAUAACAUAUACCAUAAUAACCAGAAGGACUAGAAUAAAUAGGAGAACCGAAAUAUCAACCUGAAAUUCCUGAAGAUCCACCUAAACUUUCAUCUGAAGAUUCACCUGGAUAUCCACAUUAAGAUUCAUUUCAAAUACCAGAAACACCAGUAACACCAGAAACACCAGAAACACCAGUAACACCAGAAACACCUUAUAUACUAGGAAUACAAAAAAUGCUAGAAAUACCAGAAUAGCCAGAAAUAAAUGAAUUCUCAUAGUCUGAUAAAGAGAUUAAUGAACCUUCUCAAUUAUAGAUGGAGAGAAGAUUAUAACAAAUCAAAAAGCUCUCAACAAAAUAAAAAAUGAAUUAAUCGUAACCUGUCUAAAAAAAGUUAUUUUUUUAAAAGUUAUUUGGUCAUGAAGAUUCAAAUAAACAAAAUCAAAAUUAAAAUGAAUAAGCUAAAUCCUCUAAGUCAUAAAAUGAUAAUACACGAUAAAGUGAUGAAAAAAAUUAUUAUAGAGAGCCUGAUGAUAAAUGUUAAAAUAAUCAUGAAUAAAUGAGAUAAUCAAGGCCUAUAAAUAUUCGUUCUCAAUAUAGAGAAGAGAAAUACUAUUAGAAAAGCAAAUAAUCUACUAAUUAUGAAUAAUUCUAAGAAUUUAUUCCUUAAACCAUCCAUCCACCUGCCUCAUAAGCUAUAUAGUAAUAAUCAUAUGAUACCUCUGCUCCUAGUAAAAAAUCAUAUAAUGAUUAACCUCACAUUCCGUAUUUAAAUUAAACCUAAAUAAAUCUCAAGUUAGAAGAAGAAAGGCUCAAUUUAUAAACUAAAAUUAAGGAGCAUCUAACAGAAUAAGGAAAAAAAAUUUUUUAAAAUAUUUCAUAAAUAUCUUAACAGGAUUAGGAUUAACUUGGAGAUGAUAAAUAGAUAUUGCUAAGAUGUUAUAAGUCUUUUAAAUUAACAUAGUAUGAUUUUUAUUAAUACUUUUUGGAGAAUUAUAUUUAAAACUAAAUAAAAAAAUUGUUGACAAUUCAGCAUCAAAAUUUUAAUCAUAAUUUCAUAAGUGAAGUUAUUGAAUAUGCUAGGUUAUUAGCAUAAUAUUUAAUGAAACAUUAAUUAACAACAAUUGAUACAUAGAAAGUUUGUAAUUAAUAAAGGGUAUUUAAAGAUAAAAAAAUCAUAUAACAUUCUGAUGAUCCUAUAUAUCAAGAAUUGAUUAAUUACAAUUCAGAAGAAAUAGCCAUAAUUAUAAAAUGUCUUCCUUUGAAACUUACUGGUACUAUUUUGAGUUUCCAGCAUAAAUCGAUUUAAGAAUUUAUAUAUGCAAAAUUUAUCAUAACUAAUCUUCUUGCAAUAAGUUCUAUCAUUAAUUAAUACAAAUAAUUGUAAGCAAAAAUUUCAUUAUAAAAUUUUAAGAUUAACAUGAAUAGUUAAAAGUUGAAGAAAAAUUAAUUCAUUUUAAUUUGCAUUUAAAUUUAUUUAUUUAAUAAUUUGGAUUAAACAUCUAAUAAAGAUAGAGCAAGAGAUAUAUUUAUUGAUUAAUUUAAUCGCACGUUUUGGCAUUAAUAUUAAGAGAGUUAAAAUAUUUAUCAAUCUACUUAUGAUUUAUUGAGUUCAAUUGAUAUUUCACCAUUAAAUAGUGUUAUUAUGGCAAAUUAAUUUUACAUGGGGACAAUAAGAUUUAUAAAAGAAUAUAUAGAAAAUAAGUAAGAUUUAAAAUCAGUAUUACAUUUUUUAGUUUUAAUUUCAUAAAUAUCAUCGAAGUUUAUCAAUAUUAGUUCAAAUUCGAUUUAAUUAUUAACAUAUAUGUAGGAAUUAUUUUAUGAAAAAAGUUUCUUUGGAAUUUAGAUAAAAGAUGUUAAGUUAUUAGGAUUUAAGUGUAUUGGGUGUGAUUUUACGAAGUCAAAAUUAGAGAAUGUUACUUUGGUGGGGACUAACUUAAAUUAUUGCAAAAUUGCAGAAGUAGAGUGGAAGAACAUAAUCUCCUAGGAUUUACCAACAUUAUCAUUUAAUAUUGGUCCUAUAAUAAAAGCAUCAUUCUCUUUUGAUGGUUAAUACAUAGCAUCCCUUGGACUUUAACAAAAUUUAGUAAUAUAUUAGAUAUCUACUGGAUUGAUUUUAAAAAAUAUUCAACUUAAAAAAGCAGUUUAAGAUUUUUGUUGGUCGAACACAAAAUCCACGCUUGUCUAUUUCUAUGAGGAAACUUUGAAUAUUCUGAGCUUUUAUGAGGAUUAAAAAUAAAAUGAUGUAAAUAUGGUUUAAAGCAAUGAAAUUGAAGUAAAUUAAUAACACAUUAAAUUUAAAUUUAAAAUAAAUGACACUGUUGUUUUGAUAAAAUUUUCAAAUUCAGAUAGCUAUUUAUUAGUUGGAUGCUAAAAAGGGAAAAUAAUCAUCUAUAAAUUUUUGAAUUAAUAAUUUACUUUAUUUUCUGAAAUACAAAGAAAGAGUAGAAUAACAUUUGAUUUGUAUUCGGAUGAAAAUAGUUUGAUAGCUUGUGACUAAAAUUAAAUAUUUCUUGUUAAGAUUUAAGAAGGGCAUUCUAAAACUAUUAGAACAUUAACAUAAGAUUAUUAAGUAACAAGAAUCGUUUUCAGCUCUGAUGGCAAACUAUUUGCUUAUGCUACAACAGAUGGAGUGAUUAUAGUAUAUAGUUUAAUCACAUAAAAAGAUAAGGCAAAAUUAAUUGGUCACAAAAAUGCUGUAAGAUGUGUUUGUUUUUCUAGUGAGGGCAAUAUAUUAGUGAGUGGAGGAGAUGAUAAAAGUAUUAGAAUAUGGGAUUAUAUGAAAGGUAUAUAAAUUGGUGAGAAUUUACACGGCCACUUUGAUGUGAUUAAUAGCAUUGAAUUUUCAAAACCAGAUGGAACAAUUAUUUUAUCUGCAGGAAAUGAUGGACUUAUAAAGUAAUGGAAUCAUUCUGAUAAUUAUCAUGUUAGUGAAUAUCUACCUGGUCAUGAAGGCAGCAUUUUAUUUAUGGUUCUAUCUUAAGAUUCUCAUAGAAUAAUAACAAAAGGCAAAGAUAAGAAAAUAAUAUAAUGGAAUAUUGAAACAGCAUCUGUUGUAAAUUAAAUGAUAUCUUUAUAAAGUUGCCAAGAAUGCUCAAUUAAUAAAUUAUGUUCUUCUUGUUAAUUAAGUCCAAUCAUUAUUGUUAAUGAUGACCAACAUAUAAUCACAGGUGGAUUUGGUCAUUCAAUUUCAAUUUUUGACAUUUACACUGGCAAUUAAACUAAUUUUACAAUCUCAUACCUAAAACCUAAAGGGGAAGUUAUUAUUUUAACAUAAUCUGAAAAAUAUCAUUUGAUAUGUUCAGGAACUAUGAAUGGUGAAAUUAAAAUAUGGGAUAGUUUUAAUGGAAGAUAAUUUAGUAACAAAAUUACUCUAAAUUACUAAAUAUUGACUUUUUUUUUUGAUCUAGAAUAAAAUUUGAUAGUUUUAAAUUAAUGUGGAAAAUACACUAAAUUUUAACUUGAUUUGAGUGGUACAAUAGCUUAGGCUUGCUAAUGCGAAUUAAUUUGUGAAGCAUCUGAAAUGAAAUAGAUUAAUCAAAUAAUUGCUGAGGAAAUUGCUGAAAUUUAAAUUGAUUUACAAAAAUAGAAUUUUUAAGAAAAAUUUAAUAAAAGGGUAACAUGCUUAGCAUUAACAUUUGAUUACUCAUACUUGGCAAUCGCAACUAAAGACUCAAAUGUCUAUAUUCUAGAAACUGCAGAUUUAUCAGAGAUAUUUCAAAAAUAUUCUUAUUAAGGAGUAAUUACUUCAAUGUAUUUUAAUAAAAAUGGAUUAGUUUUAAUAUUAUCUUUUGAAGAUCUUUCCAUAAAAGGAGAGCAGAAGAGAACUAUCAUAAUUUAUCUGAACUACGAAGAGUUGAGAUGA